AUGGUCGCUAAACUUGGCAUCAACGGUUUUGGACGUAUCGGAAGGUUGGUGUUCCGUGCUUCGUUGGAGCAUGAAGGCCUUGUCCCUGUUGCGAUCAACGAACCCUUCAUGGAUCUUGAAUAUAUGAUGUACANCUCAA